AGUACUAAUAAAUAAGCACUGGAGCAGCAUCCAAUGUUCGAAGAACAAUGAAGGGUGUUCGUCCCACCUCUUGCCCCUUGCUGUUACAACGUCUCCUACUUGUCGGCACCAUAACGCUUUUGCCACACGAGGAGAAAGUCUACGGUUACGCAAGUGAUGUUGUGAAGCUGCCUCCGAUAAGCAGCUAUUUGCAGCGACUUUUUCCUGACGAAGAGAGUUUUCGAAGUUUGAAGAUUCCACAACAAGAUGUUGUGGCACCAAAGGUUUUGGAGGAGAACGAGAGUUCUGGAAACAAUAAGGGGAAAAAGAAGGGACCAUCGAAGAAAAAAGUAACGAAGAAGUCUGCAAGAAAAGGCGCAACCAGUAGUUCUUCGAUAUCUCCAUCGAUCAAGAAAGAACAACCUGUACCUCUUUCCGAAGACGAAGCAGCCAUCAGACAAGACGAAGCUUUGAAUACUACUCUGUCCAGAACCCUCGUCGGACGUGCAUUUCUCGCAGCAACCAACUUCCUGAUGGGAUUGGUCGACUUGGAAGACUUCACUACCCAAGCUAGAAACAUGACAGCCAAAACGAUUUGGGUUUCGGUCAUAAGUCGCGCACAGCUGUGUCUGGUGAACAAUUUCGUGUCGUGGCUGGCGUUGGGACCGAUGGUAGGCUAUCCGGGAGAGGAGCCCUUGGUAUGAAAUCUGACUGAGUUCAACGUAACCCUAAUCCUGAGGGCCUAGGCCCUAGGCCCUAGCCCUAAACCCGGUUGUGAAUUAGAGCUCACCCGAUUCCACCUUGAGACACAUCCUCCUGAGCGUCUUUUUGUCGUCAGGAUAUCUCGAAAGAUUCCGAUGGUAGGCUAUCCGUUAGAGGAACCGUUGGUAUGAAUAAUGGAAUCUGACUCCUGAGUUCAACGUAAAGAUCUGACUGAGUUCCAAUUUCUCCAAGUGGAAGAUCUUCACUCACCACCUUUGCUGAUACUCCAGUAUAAAUGACGUUCACUGACGUCGACCUACCAUAUGGUCUUUAAAUAAAAGUGCGAUCUGAUCAGAACCGAAGUAAGUGAGUCAAAUGCAUCUACAACUCGCCUUCAAUAUCCGUCCUUUUCCUCUUCAAUCUGGAUCGCGUGGCCCACGCCUACUGCAACCGCAUGCGCAAGUGGCUGAGCAAUCAUCAGAAGAGGAGCGUAGUUCAUCAGCAACACCGCAAUAUGUUCGAACUGAAGUGCGUAAAACCUUGGAAGGCGGAUGAGGAAGGGGAAAAGGUGACGCAUCUAGGUAUUAAGGCUCCCGCUCGAGAAGCAUCCUCAGCAGCAUCCUUGUUUCUUCUUUUUCUACUUUUGAAACAGAAGGCAAGAGUGCUCGCAGGGAUGCCACUGCGGCAGCUUCUAAGGGUAGCAAGUUCUUCAACCGCUUGAAUUGGGUGAGACCUGCGUUGGCCUACUUGGCGUCGUUCUUGGACUUGAACGUUGUGGUGUCGGACGUCGAUAUCGUGCACAUGCGGUGGCCCUUCCUCGAAUCAUCUUCCAAAACCAAAUCGAAGCAGCGAUUCGAAGAACACGUAGUUGUCCCGUUUCGCAUUAGCCGCUAUCUCGAAUCCCAAUUGCGCGUUCAGUUGCCGGAAAUGACCGACCCGUGGGAACGGUCCCACUACGCCAAUGCCGGCUUUUUCUAUGCGGAAGUCGCGGAAAAGCGAGUGUUGGCAGCUUGGUUAGGGACCUUGUCGGACAAGUAUUACGAUCAGCAUGGUUUCAACGGGAUGCUGGCGCAUACCUACGAACGGGAUCAUCAGAUUCACGACACGAUAUCCUACUUUGAUCCCAUGCGGGUUUGUGCUUGUCGGGACGCAUGUUUCAAUGAGACGAAGACGAAGGAAGGUAGUGAAUUUGUCGUCCAUAGUGGGUGGAACUUGAAUUUGUCGUCCAUAGUGCAGUAAAUCAACAUUUUCCGUAUUUUCCUACCACACUCUAGUCUAUAUGAAAUUGAUGUAUUUGACAAUCCACUUCUACUACAGCACUCAUGAUCUUGUUCUCACUUUCGUCAGCUUAUAUGCUUCUCUUUUCAACACCAGGUACGACCACCACCACCAACACUCUAGUAUCCGCAACCUUUUCCUUUCCACCAGGUACCAGCAACAACACCCUACCCGCAACCUUCCCAUGGGCCAGUAUGCAUUACAGUUGCGACGAGAGGGAACCGUUUAAGAUUCAAGAUAUGACAGCAGAUAAUCUUUGGCGACCUCGGAUUAACGUGUCGCAUCCAGAGGUUGAAAAGUGUGGAUAUUCUGGACGCGCUAUUGGACCUUUGGGAAUGGAAUGAAGAUAUGAAGAUGGGGUUCCGUGUUAGGUGGAGGGAUAGAUUUGCGCUCCAAUAGGAGGUACUUAUUUACUGGGUGACCUCACAAGUAGACAUGCACAGCUACAAACGAGGUUCCAUGACAUGACAAAGUGUUGAUUCCUAGAACGCGUGAGUACUGUGAUAGAUGUGGUGGUAAGUACUUUGAUUUUGGACGUUCGUGAUGAUGAAGAGCACACUAGACAACUACAUCAGGAAUUGUUGGACUGUAUAAAUCGUAAGGUUUUGUACCAUGGUCAUCUGACUACCAUGAUCAACGACUGAACCACCUCCGACGAUGUGCGUGUUCGUCUGACAGAUCUCUUGUUGAUUAGGAGCUGCGAGUAUCACUGGGCAGCGUAGUACG